AUGGCUUUGAUCUCUGAGUUGCUCGAAAGUCAGUACCUUCUUCAAGGCAUCGCUGUGGCCUUGUUUCUGGUGAUUGUGUCGAACUUUUAUCAAGAGCUUGCGGAUGGCUUUCCGUACCGGAAGAUACCCCUUGUUGGGAGGAGCAGAUGGGAAAUCUCAAACAGCAAAGCCAAAGAGCGCUUCGUGGCGUCCGCGAAAGAGCUCAUUGCGCAAGGCUUCAGUCAGGGCAGGACUGUCUUUCAAAUGAUGUUCUCCCACACUCCCAUGAUCGUCCUGCACCCUCGGUACAUAGAUGAGAUCAAGAGCCAUCCGGAUCUGAACUUCGAUGAAGCUAAUAAGAAGGCGUUCUUUGGCGCCAAAGUUCCCGGGUUCGAGGCUUUUGAAGGACUGGACAAGGAUCACAUCUUGUUGGAUGUUAUCAACAAGAAGCUAACUCAUACACUUGGUAACCUUACUAUCCCUCUUUCCAGAGAGACCGCGGCCGUGCUCAAGGAGACAUUGCCCCAGAAAUCCGAUGAGUGGCAAUCUCUAGUCUUCGCUCGGGAGAUUCCAUACAUAGUUGCCCGAUUGUCGUCCCUUGUAUUUCUGGGCGAGAAGAUCUGCCGUGACAGGGAAUGGCUGACUGUGUCUGUCAACUACACCACCGAUGCAUUCAUCGGCGCGCGCGAUCUCAGACUAUGGCCCUCGAUUACCCGACCCCUGGUGCACUGGUUCCUGCCGUCAACACGAAGAGUCCGGAAGCACAUCCGAGUUGCAAAGAAGAUUGUUCAGAACGAGAUCCAAAAGCGAGAACUGAUCCGGCAAGGCAAGCUUCCAGAAGAGGAUCCUCCACGGACUCACGCCGAUGCCCUCGACUGGUUCAGGGAAGUCGCUGCUGGCCGCCCGUUUGAUGAGACGAGAAGUCAGAUCGGUCUUUCUCUGGCAGCGAUCCACACCACUUCCAACCUUCUGACAAACGUCAUGUAUGACUUGAUAGCCUACCAGGAAUACAUCCAACCACUCCGGGAUGAGAUUAUUGCCGUCGUGGAGGAGGACGGGUGUCUGAAGAAGACCAGCCUUACGAAGCUGAAGCUGAUGGACAGCGUGAUGAAGGAAAGCCAGCGCAUGAACCCUGUCAGCAUUGCCUUCCUCCAGCGUCUCGCACAGGCAGACAUCACUCUGUCCGAUGGCACCUAUAUUCCCAAGGGAGGAGUGCUGAUCGUCUCCGCUCACACCCUGAGAGAUGAAUCCAUCUACCCUAACGCGGGUACCUUCGACGGCUACCGCUUCUACAACAAACGCAAAGAGCCCGGCAAUGAGCACCGGUACCAGUUCGUCACAACGAGCACAGAGCACUUUGGCUUUGGACAUGGCGUGCACGCGUGUCCUGGGCGAUUCUUCGCAGCGAACGAGGUGAAAAUCCUCCUGGUCCAUCUGCUGAUGAAAUACGACUGGCAGUUCGCAGAGGACCGGGGACGUCCCCAGCCGUUCAUGCACGGCACCGAAAUCAUCUGCGACCCGACUGUGAAGUUGCUUUUCAAGGCACGAACACCGGAGAUCAAUCUAUCGAAGCUGGGAGAAUUGCCAACGGAUAGUCAGUGUCAGCCUGAGGUAGAGCUCUUCGACCAUGGUGCAAAGUAA